AUGGUUCUUACCCGAGAUAAGCGCUUUGGAAAAUUUGAAACGAAUGUUUUCUUGUUUAAGGUUGGACAACCAGUAAAAUCUGUCGCCAUGAAUGAAUCUUUUUUACUCGGGACUGGUUCUAUGGGGACGUGCGUACAUGUUGCUAUCAUGGACGAUGGCAGUGAAGUGGCUGUAAAGAGAAUGUUAAUACAGACAUGUAAAGUUGCAGCUGAAAAUGAGAAAGCGAUUCUGACUCUCAUUAACACACAAAGGUCACCAUUUAUAGUUAGCCACCGUCAUUUCGUCAGAGACAACAUCUUCAUGUAUCUUAUUGUUGACCUCUGUGAAGAAACAUUGGCUGAUCACGUUCUUCCAUUGAUUUAUUGGGUGACCACAAAGAUAAUGAUCCCGACGAUGACGAACAUUCUUCCGCAGAUGAUGAAAAUGAUGGUUUCGAUAUUGACGAAGAUGAUCCAUCAGGUGACCACAAAGAUAAUGAUUCUGACGAUGAUGAACAUUCUUCCACUGACAAUGACGACGAAAAUUAUUCUUUCAACGACGACAUGAUGGAUCUAUGA